UCGGUUUUCACGAAAACUCUGAUACGGUUUUCGGUUUUUCUCUUUUAACUCCUUUAAAGGUGAAAAUGUAUAGCGGUUUUGUCAAGUUUGCAUGGGGUCUUCGGUUUUGCUGCCUUUUUCGUCGGUUUUUCGGUUUUGGCGGUUUUUUUGUUCUGGUUUUGCGGUUUCCCAGAGGCCCCCCCCCCAGAGUGUGCUGUCCUUAGUUAUCUAAUGGCCUUUGUAUUGAUAUCAAUGAAAACAAUAACAAAUUUCACGCUCUCAAAAUGUGCCGAAGGUAGCGAAACUCUGGUCCACCUAGCUUCCAAAAUUCUUCUGGAACUAAGGUACAGCAAAGCAUUUAUUCGCAGCUAAGAUAACUAUCCUUAAAACGCAGUUAAUGUUACAUGACUUACCAAGGUCGUCAGUGAAGCGACAAGGCGCCUUUUUGUCUCUCAUUAUGAAAAAAAUUGUCCAAAAUGGGCGAAAUUUAAUUGAUGAAACACUGCUUCCUUGCGGCGCCUGGAAGGCGGCACAAAAAAUUCCCGCCUUUGUCUAGUCACGUGAAUCAGCCACGUGAUCAGUGCCAUCAGGCAUUGGAAAACGAGGAUAUUAAAUGAUUAACUUACCAAGUUCCUUAGUUCUCUCGAGUCCACGGGCCUUGGGAUCUUUUUGCAAAGUAAGAGCAUGCGCUUUGUACGUGGGCGCGAAAAUGACGGAAGAUUCUCAAUACCAGCUUACGCCACUCACAUUCUGUGUCCGCACAUCGUCGUAUCAAAUGAAUGAGAUGGAAGAUCAACCACUUGCAAGUCUUGAUGUUAAUUAUAGGCCGAGAAAACGAAGCCGUUACAACGCUCAUCGAAGAAUUAUAUCCCUUGGAAAACCGAAGAGGACUCAUUUUCGACAUGGAAAGACAGUAAGCUCUACCACCGAUGAAUAUGAAGAAGACACCGCUGAGGAGCGCCAAGCGCACUAUUCAGAUGGUGACAAUUCAGAGGAAUUUACUUGCGCUGCAGAUGGAAAUACUAACUCUGAUCUGUCUGAUGUGUCCUCCUCUUCAGCACGAAGUCAUGAGGUUAUGUCCUUGCCAGAGGACAACAGCGAUGAUAUCCCAGACAUGGAUUGUAGUGCAUCCGAAGGUGAUGGCAGAAGCUACAGUGAGAACUCUGCAGAUGACGAGGAAGAAUUGAUUUUUGACGACGGCAUAUGUACUCAAAAUGGUGAUCCGACCAAAAGUGACCCGUUUGUGUACCCCGGCUCCCCACUCAAACUGUCUGAGAGCAUUCUUUUGAUCCUAACUUUGGCAGUCACUCACGAUCUCAAUGGAAGUUGUCUUUCAGAUGUAAUCUCGUUAGUUAAUUUGCACUGCAUUCCUGGACCCCAAAACAAGUGUGUCAGCUCAUUACGUGCCUUGAAAAAAUACUUUUCAGAUUCGCAACUUCCAAUAACAAAACACUUCUACUGCAAAUUUUGUAGUGAAUACUUUGGAGUGUUAGGGAGUACAGCUGAUGUCUGCUCUAUAUGCAAUAAAGUUGUGAGCGAUUUGAAGAAGCAGCCAUAUUUUGUUGUUCUUUCCAUUGAAAGUCAGCUGCAAGAACUCAUGCAAAAAGAGCAAUUUCAAGAAGACAUAAAAUAUCGUUUUCACAGCAAUAAAAAAUCACCUCAGGACAUUGAUGAUGUUUACGAUGGUCACCUAUAAAGAGAAUUGUUCCAGAACAAUG